UAUCAAAAUGAUCAAAUUAUUGAAAAUUUACUACUUUAGGAUUUAGUUUUAGAUUUCAUUAUUUUAGAUAUUUCUGUUACAUAUCGAGGAUGAAGAAUUCGUGAUUUAAUAUUUUAAUUAUUUAAAUACAAUAGUCAAGAAUACGAUCAAAAUUUAUUAUAGAAUUUUCUGUAUUUAUUAACAUAGUUGUAUAUUUAUACUACUAUGGCUUUUCGAAUUCUAUCGAAGUGUCGUAUUUUCCAAUAUAUUACAAACACAACAUUUCACACUAAUUUAAGAUCAAAUGGUAUUCAUAUUUCAACUGUUCAUCGUGAUUUAAUGGAAUUUUUUGAUGAUAAAAAAAAUUGGGCUGUUGAACAAGUAAAAGUUGGGAGAUCGUGGUCUAAAGAUGAGUUGCGCAUUAAAAGCAAUCAAGAUUUACAUAAACUUUGGUAUGUAUUACUUAAAGAACGCAAUAUGUUAUUAACUAUGGAACAUGAAUGCAAAGCUCAAUUUGAAUUAUUCCCAAAUCCAGAACGUAUUGAUAAGGUUGAAGAAAGCAUGAAUAAUUUAGAAACUGUCGUGCGUGAACGUAAUGAUGCUUAUUACAAAUUAGAAGUUGGAGAAUCUGCUGAAAGACCUGGACAAUUAGUUACUAAUUUAUUGGGGUUGAACUUUUUUUAUCGUAAAUUUGAACAUUUAAUACCAAAAUUUUUGAAUAAACAAUGGAAAGACAAACAUACGUUUAAUAUUGUUAAUGGAAACAUUGAGAAAUUCCAAAGGUUAUAUAGAGAAAAAUUACAUAAUGCUAAUAGAAAAAGUAGAAAUCGGGAUCGUAACCAUGUGAUGCAUCUGAUGAAGCGUUAUCCAAAUAUGGACAUGGAUGCUGUCAAACAACAAUAUCCUACAGUGGACAUUGAAAAAAUAAAAAGUUAUCAUAAAGUGCGAGGACAUUAUGUACCUUAAAAUGUAUAACAAAUAAUGUAUUGUAAAUUUUAAUAUGUUAACUAAGUUAAUAAAGUAAUCCAAAUUUGUCUGUUUACUUGAA